AUGCCUGUCGGUUCCCAGUCCUUUUCUACGUCCUUUGAGCUGCCCAUUAACCAAUUAGUUAUUCAUUCUACCAUACUAUGUAUGGUAUAUCAUUCGCAAAGCUCAUAUCCCUACCCUAUAGUAUGCGCGGCGUAUGUAGGACUACUACUGCCUAAGAGAGAGGCAGAAUUUAAUAGGCUGACUAUACCCUUGUUUGUCCCUUUCCAGUUCACUGUCCCCUCUCUCCUAGCUAAACACCUUCGUAGCUAUCUUAUUAUUCCACCAACAUGGACUGUCCUGACGGCUGCGAUGUUAUCCUCAACCUCACCCGCGAAGAAAAGGGUAAAAGGUUCGACCACGACCAACCCACGAGAAACCUGGGAAGGUCUCUACAACAACAUCCACAGCAUCGGCAGAAGCUAUCUCGAGAACGAUUCUACCGCCUUCGAGAUUGAAGGCCGGUUGCAUGAUCUUUGGGACGAGCUCAUCCAUGCUGCGAGGAUAACUCCUGCCCUCAGCCCAGAACACGACCGGCUCGUCGUCCUGAUCCUGGAAGCUCGAGAACUAGGCCCCUUUCCUGUCAAUAAGAAAGACGGAGAUUCGUUGCCCCCCACCGUGAUCUGUGAUAUGGCUACCCUGCCUAACGGACAACGCCUGUGGGCUGAUUUCCUCUACCUUGUCACCUUUGAGUUAGUACGCUUACUCAAGUCAACCAGCUUGCUUAUUUUAAGCCUUUCCAUCCCUUACAACGGUUCUCCUGGCAUGAGCAGCAACAAAACUAUGCUCGGCCAGGACGCAGUGGCAGUAGCAUCAGCGCCGCCAGCCUCGAUAUCGGAUGAGGGUAACGCAGCAGCAUCUAGCGUAGUCAGAGCUGGUAUCACAGGGCGCUUCGAGGUCAUGCUUGAAGCGAUGCGGAUAGUCGGGUUCCAGGACUGUAACCAGAUGGCCGUGGCAUAUUAUUUAAAUUGA